GCGCGGCACCGGUCCUCCGCGGCACUGCUGCGGAGGGAGAUGGCGGACAUGGAGGCCCGGCACGCCGCCGCCCUGAGCAGGCACGAGGACGCGGCGGCGCGGCGGCUCUCUGCCGCGGAGCGGGACUUCGCCGCCGUGUUGCGCGGGAUGCGGCCCGCGGGGCGCGCGGAGGAGGCCGCCGGCGAGGGGCACCCACAGGCGGCGCAGUUUGCCACGCCGGCGGGUUCCUCGCGCAGCCGCUCCCCGUCCCCGUCCGAGCAGGACUCCCUGCAGCGCGCGCUCGGCCUCCUGCGCCGCCGCGCGGACCUCGCCGCGGCCGCCGGGGCCGGGGCGGACGCGGAGCUGGCGGAGGCUCUCGCCGCGGAGCGCGAGCGGAGCGAGCGGCGGCUGGUGGCCGUGGAGAGGUCUGAGGGGGCCGGGGGAGCCGAGGGGCCAAUCGCCGUGAGGUCGCGCGCGCCGGCCCGGGAGCCCAGGAUGGCACACGACCCCUGCGUGCCAGAAUGGCGCGCAGAGAGCCCGUCCAGCGAGUGCCCCUACGGCUGGGUGUUCCCCGCGCCUUUCUGCCCGUUCACCGUGCCCGACGAGCUCACGGUGGGGCUGCUGCUGGCGUGCACCUACAGCCUCCUGCCCUUGGUCGUGGUGGUGGGCAUCGCUGCCUUGGCGGUGCUGCGGCGUGAGGCGAGUCGGAGGAGGAAGCGAGGUACCGACACCGCAGCCCGUCCUGGUGAGAGAGCUUUGCCUGCUGAUCUUCUCCGUCGUCGUCAGCGUGCCCCACGCGCUGCUGAAGCUGGUCCUGCUGGGUCCGCGGCCGAAGGGGUCCUGCCUGCUGGACUGCGGCAUGCCGUCGGGGCACUCUGGCUUCGCCGUUGGCCUGUUCUGCGUGCUCCUGGCGGAGUGCCUGCGGGGCCCGGCCCCGGCCCGCCUCGGCCGCGCGGGGCAGGUGGCCGGGCUGGUGGUGUCGCUGUUGCCCAUAGGCUGCUCGCGGGUCGCCCUGCGGGACCACUCGGUGCCCCAGGUGCUGGUGGGCAGCGCCGUGGGCGCCGCGGGGGCCGGCCUGUGGCUGGUGUGCCUCGGCCCCUUCCUCGAGGCGUUCCUGUCCCGCGCGCUGGGGCGGGCGGCGCCGCCCGCGCAGUCCGCGGGCACCGCCUCGGCGCGGGAGCCGGUGCUCGACCUGUCGCUGCUGAGCACCACCCAGCACCGGCCCGCAAACACCGAGGCGCUGGAGAUGCGGCGCCACCACGACGACGGCCCGCGCUCCGCGGCCGCGGCGCCCGCGCCGGGCGGCUCCGCCCCGGGGGCCGCGGCGGCCGCGGCCCGCGCGGCGCCCAAGAAGGCCGGGAGCGCCGCGGUGGAGAGGACGUGGCAGGCCUUGCAGGAGGACUCCCAGGACUCGGCCCAGGACAGCCACUGAGCUCGCGCGCGGCUGGCGCCCUCCUGCCUCGGUAUCCUCCCGCUCGCGCCGCCUGCCGCCUGCCUUAGCGACUGACUGCGCGCGCAAAGCGCCGGGGCUCGAGGGCGCACCAAGCAGCAUGAGGCGCUCGGUUACACCCCCUCCCGGCCAUCCUUGGCCGCUUUCGCUGGCCGCCCCGCCCGCAAAGUGUCG